UUGGUCUCUCCCUCUCCCUCUCUCCCUCUUUUCACACGGGCACCAGUGCUUUGCCACCAAUCCCUGUGUUUCACUUGGCUAAUGUUUGACUACCUCACUUGCUGGAAGUUGUGUCCCUGCAGAGCAUCUCGUAGGAAAACAGCAGAAGUGUCAAAAAAUUUCACUCCAACUGUUGAAGGCAAUAGAACUUUGCCACUAGAGCCUGCCUGGAAGAACAAAGAGAAAACAGAAGCAGAUUAUUCAGUCUUCCUUAUGAUUGUUGUUGCAGAGAAAGAAAGAAAAAUCUGCACAGGAACAACAGAAGCACAAAGAAAUCCUUGGGAAAAGUUCUGAAAUGGAAGAAGAGGGAAAUGAGACUUUCGAUAUCAUCUGUUCUGCAAAUGAACCUCCGUUCUCCCUGACAAUUUUGGAAAGCCUUGAUAUAACAGGGAUAGUUCUCUUUGCCAUCAUGACUUUAAUGACACUGACUGCCAGCCUGGUGUUUGUGGAAGAAGUCUUCUACAUCUACCGGAAAAUCCUUUGCUCAAAAAGAUCAAUUUUCAUUUGGAUAAAUGCAGCUGCUCCGGUAAUAGCUACUACAUCGUGCAUUGGAAUGUGGAUUCCUCGCUCAACAAUGUUUACAGAUUUCACUGCUGCAGUGUUCUUUGCCAUAGUUAUCCACAAGUUCCUCCUCAUGAUGAUUAAAGAAUGUGGUGGUCAAAAACUAUUCCUCAAGCGCUUUGAAAAUGACCGGUUCAAGAUAAGCACAGGUCCUUGCUGUUGCUGUUGCCUUUGUCUCCCUCAUAUGCUCAUCAAUCGGAAAACACUAUUUUUACUGAAACUUGGGACAUUUCAGUUGGCUUUCCUCCGCCCUGUUCUAAUGUUUCUAUCAAUAGUGCUUUGGACCAAUGGAAGCUACAGCCUUUCUAACUUAUCUCCUAACGGAGCUGCCAUAUGGAUUAACUGCUUUGUAGGCAUUCUCACAAUCAUUGCCCUUUGGCCAAUUGGAAUUAUGUUUCAACGAGUUAGAGUUCUUCUCAACUGCAAGAAGAUUGUUCCUAAAUUUGCUCUUUAUCAGUUUAUCCUCAUUCUGAGCCAGCUGCAGGCAUCCAUCAUCAACAUACUGGCUAUGCAAGGGGUAAUUGCUUGUGCACCCCCACUGUCAUCAUCUGCACGAGGAGCAUAUAUGAACCAACAACUGCUCAUUAUGGAAAUGUUUCUCAUAACUUUGAUCUCACGGGUUGUCUACAGGAAAAGAUAUGAUGACUUGGAGCUUCCAGAGUGUUCUGGCCAAGAAAACAAGGACAACAAUCAGGAGAGCAAGACGGGCUUAGGAGACAAUAUAAUUGGAAAGGAAAUGCCAGACAUUUAGAUGCUGGUCCUGGGAUGGUGCCUUUAAACUCAGUUUACUGUGCCAAGAUUCUGAUCAAUGCAUUUGCUGUACAUGCAUCAGUGUGCCUGUAUAACAUGGUAAUGUGAAAGCACAGUCUUGACAUAGCAAGUGGGAAUAAAUUCAUAUGAAUUGGGCAAUCAGGAAUAAAAAGUGGUUGUUGGGGCUAAAUUUAUAUAAUGCACACCAGUGAAAGAAACCAUGAUGGUGAAGUCUUCUGCUUUGACAAGGCCUCUGCUGUGUAAGCAAUCUCCACCCCCACCCCCCUCAAGUGCAGUAGUUGAUGAAAUCACUCUCACACCAGCAGUGUUUUACACAGCUCUAAAGGAUAUUCUUCUUAGAGAAAUAUCAUCCUGCUUCAACACAAACUUUCCUUUAUUUGGAUAUACUGCUAUGCCAGACAGGAAUGCUUCCUUGGAUUCCAUGUGUGGGUUUGGGGAAGGCUCAACUCUACCCCUCCUUAUUUCCCAGUUCAUACAGUACAGACAUGCAUAUCUUGGAAGUCCACUCCUUUCAAAGUAUCUUUCACUAAAUUAGGGAUGGAUAAAGGGAAAGAUUAGCAUUCUCCUGAUUUAGGAGCAGAAUGUAUAUCUCUGUCCUUCACUGAGCUGGGGGAAGAGGAAAUGCGAAUCAGAUAUCAGAUUUUAUAGAUGGCUUUUAAAAUAAAGACAGAGAUCCAGCACCACUAUAUGGUCGUCCAUCUUCACCUUCAUUACAGGCCCUUUUUCUGUCCAUCCACAUUGUGAGGAGAGGUGGGUGGCCAGAAGAGAUGAGACCUUCUCAGUGGCCACCCCUAGCUUUGGAAUGCCUUUUCCCUUGUUUCUGGUGCCAUCACUCAGGUUUUUUGGCAGCAGGCUAUGACGAAGGAAAUGCCAAUUGCCGGGAAGUGAAUUAACAAAGUGAGUGAGUUUUAAUGUUAGAUAUAUAUACAUAUAUAUGAUUUUAUCUUUUACGUAUUUACCCAUUUUAAGUAUUUAAAAACUGCUCUUUUUAUCUGUACUUUACUUGGCUGGUCUUGUGACCAUAAUAAACCUUUGAAUUUGAGAGAGAAAAGUAGCAAUAGACUGAUAUGGAGAUAUUGGUGGUGGAGAGUGCCCUCAAGUCAUAGUUGACUUAUGGCAACCCAUGGUGGAGUUUUCAUGGAAAGACACUAACAGAGGAGGUUUACCAUUGUCUGCUUCUGCAACCCUAGUCUUCCUUGGAGAUCUCCCAUCCAAUUACUAACCAAGGUUUACCCUGCUUAGCUUCUGAGAUCUGACGAAAUCAGGUUCACCUGGACUAUCCAGGUCAGGGUAGGAGAUAUUACCACUUGUCUAUUUUAAAUUUAAAAAUAGAUUGUUGUAGUUAUAUAGUGCUGUAACAAAGACUGAUUUUGAAAAUAAAACUUUAUAAGCUCUCCGGUGGUGCAGAAUGAAAAAAAUUAUGAGAAAAUGGUGCCUGCAACUAGGGGCUGAUAGAAGGAAAAUGGUACCAAUGUGAAUGGGAAAAUUUGCAGAGCAGGAAAAUGUGCACCAUUCCUACCAGAUGGGAUGCUAAUACACUGGGGCUGUGUUCUUUCCAAAAAGAUAAAAGUAAAGCAAGUUUGGGAGUUACUGAGGAUGGAGAAAACCUAGAAACAGGAUGGUUACAGGACAAUGUUGUGUGGAAACUAAAAAAAGAAAGUACUCCAGUUCAGAACCAAAGCAGACAAAAAUCUCUGUGUGAAAACAGCCAUUGCCUUGGCUAUAUUAGGAUUUGUGUUAGUCACUGGCUGCUUCCACACAUGUUGGAUAAUCCACUUUCAAUACGCUUUAGUGAACAUUUAUAACUGAUUUUCCAUGUGUGGAACAAAAAAUCCAUUUCUAAAGGAUAACUAAAGUGCAUUGAAAGUGCAUUAUUCAACGUGUGUGGAAACGGCCAUUGUUCUGUCAGUUAUUUUUCUUUUAAUUCUGCUACUGUUUUACAAUUGGUUAAUAGAUUUGAUUGGUGUAUCUUUAUUUGGGUUUUAGCAUUAUUUGAGUUGUUCGAUCAAUUUUUGUUAUUGUUAUGAAGCCUCUUGGACACUGGUGAAGGGGCAGCACAAAAAUAUGUAAAUAAAUUAAAUUAUGA